AUGGACACGCGGCUUCGAUCGCUCUACGAGUGCUAUGAAGGGGCCCGUGCUGGUGCGGUGGACUAUCGCGACAUCUUGUGUUGCACGAUUGUGCUUCGGAGAUUCAAAGACAUCCGUGACAACCCACGCAAGUUGUUUCGAGACCUUAUCCUCUUGUACUCGGAUGUUGACGAGGGGCAGGUCGUCCAAAGGCAGGACGCUCUUAGAGUGGUGAGGAUAGGUGCACUACACGGAGGCCAUAUCCUGCAGACAAGCAACCGCCUGGACAAGUACCUCGCCGAGGAGGCAGGCCCACGAGGCCUCAAACCCACGUUCCGCGACUUAGACAUCACCUUCUUGAUGCAUACAAUCGAGGCGAACCCCUCAAUUCUGGUCGCGUUUCGAACUCAGCUUUGGCAGCGUAUUCCCGAAGCUUGGCGAUUGGGCGUGCUACAAGCGGUGGAAGCGAAGGGAUUCGAAAAAGCGAGCUCCGGCGCGAUGGCAAUGAAAGAGUACCGCGCGGCCCGGUGGUACACCAAGACCCUGUCGCGUCGAGUCAUCGUCCACUGGAAAAUCUUCAGGAACCGAGCGAAGCAGAUCAGAGCCCAGCGAGAACGCAUACAGAACGUUCGACGCCGCCAGACCCUUCGCGCUUGGCACGCUUCGGCGGCCGUCCACGUCCUUCGCCGCAAGCGCCGCGCGGUCGCCGACCAGUACGGGCGAAUCUGCACGCUCCGGCGCUACUUCUACAGCAUCGUCAAGUACGUGGAGGUGAAAAAGAGGCUUGCAGCCGUGGCCUGGAAGUUCAGCAAGCAGGGCAAGCUGGUAGUGGCCGGGGUGGGCUUGCUGCGCGGGGUUCUGCGGAAACGGUCCAUGCGGCUGGCCCUGCAGGCGUGGUGCGAGACGGCUUCUCUCAUGAACGCGUGGGGGUUUGCGGUGGACCUCGCCGGGGAACGGCUCUGUCGUCGGGUGUUCGCGGCGCUGAGGGACACCGUGAGGGCUGCGGUGGCGGCGAGGCGUGCCGAAGAUGAAGCCGAGAUGCGGGCGGCGGCUUUAGCCGAGAGUAUUGAGGAAGCGGAGAGAGAAAGAGUGCUUCUGGCUGAGCUCGCGGAAGAGAGGAAGAAGCGCCAAAAGGCAGAGGAGAAAGCGGCGCUUAUGGCCAGACGUGCCGCCGAACACAUCGAGAAGAUCGAGGCGGCCCAGGCCGGAUCCGUGGCCAGAGACGCCGAGGUGCUGCAGCGGCAGAGAGAAGCUAGAAGGCGAAGGGUUUAUGAGAACAGGGUCAAGAUCAAGAACGACUUUGACGCGACGUGGGAGGUAAAGCUGAGGGAGAUCGUCGAGAAAGAAAUGGAGUUGGCCAAGGAGUGGCUCGAGUCGGACCCCGAGGCACCGUUCAAGAUCCAGAAGGAGAUGAAGAUCCUCAAGAGGAAGUUCUACGCUGCGCCGCUACCGGAGACGGCGGAGCUGGAGAGGGCGCUGAGGGACCCGGCAAACUACAUCUUCGCACACAUGGCCAACCUGCUCUACAAGGAGAACAAGACGCUUCAACUGUUCUUCAACCAGUUCGACAAGGAGGGGGACGGCUACCUCACGCACGAAGAGUUCAAGGGCAUGGUGUCCAGCCUCAACAUCAAGCUGUCGGGGGAGCAGAUCCGGUCCGUGAUCCGAACGAUCGACCUGGACGGCGGCGGUUUCAUCGACUUUCCGGAGUUCGAGGCUGCCGUGAAGAGACACGAAGACGUCUGCGGGCAGGCUGGGUCGGUCUGGAAGAUGUACGUGUCGCCGGUACACGCCAUCAUGACUUUCCACAACGUAGAGACUAACGAGAUUCUCUGGGACUACAAGGCCACCGAGAAGGACCUGCUGAGAGUGGUGAAGGACAAUAUCGUCGGCUUGGAGGGGAUCGAGGCUAAGAAGAGGGCUGUUGAGGACCGGGAAAAGGAGUGGGAAGAGCUCAUUAGGAACAGGUGCGCUCCAAAAGAACGAAAAUGA